ACAUUGAAAUACUUGAGAAAUUUUUUUGUUUUUAAUUUUUUUUGAUAAAAUUUCGUGUGAUAAAAAAUAUGUAUUCCAGUUAUAAGUAAUUCCAGUUUUUACUUUCGACAUUGCGAGUGAAUGAUUCACAGUAUUGUUCUUAAUAUUUAACGAUUAAUCAUGAAUACUGUGAGUAGAUUGAAUUUAGGAAGACCAUUAAAACCUUUUAUUUAUGAAUGCGUUCUGGUUGUAAAAGAUGCACCUAAGGAAGAAGUUGCCACCGCUCUCAAACGAUGUGCCCAAGGUGUUUUUAAACGAGGCGGUUUCUUGCGGAAUUUAUAUUUUUUAGGCUUACAAAAAACACCAUAUCGAUUUUCCAAAAACAAAGUACCACAUUGGUCAGGAAAUUUCUUCCUUUAUGAACUUCAUAUGCCCAAAGCAUUGAUACCUGACUUAUAUAAUGAAUAUACUCGAGAUGUUGAUGUAAUAAAACAUACAUUUCUUCCAAAGGAGGAGGCGGAGAUAGAUUUUGAAAAUUGUACUUUCGAAGAUGAAAUGAAACCUGUACCCUAUAGACCUCAAGUUGUUGAGCUGGUUGAAAAGGCGCAAGCAUUCACCCGAAGAAUGACGAGAAGACGUGUCAAACUCAAUUUGACUGCUGAUUAUUAUCCGUUCCAGCGAUAAUAUUUUGUUAGUUUUUUUAAAAAUAAGUAUUUAUCUAGUUGUUAUGAUUUAAACAAAUACAGAUGUAAAUAUCUAA